AUGCCGCGAUUACUAGAAAGCGAAAUUACAAAGUAUUUAGAAACUCUUGAAGAUUCAGAAGAUGGCUUAGACGGCUCGGACUCCGAAGUAGAGGAUGAAGGUCACUAUUAUCAAACAGCUCGAGAUGUUCUUCAGUACCUUGAAAAUAGUGAUGAAGGUGAGAAUGCCCAGUCUGAUGAAGUGGAUGCUGAUCCUCCUCUCGUAAUUGACAACGAUCAAAAUAUGCCAGACCCUCCUAUUUUGGAAGCCGGAGAAGCAGUACCCCAGAGUAGAUCACAAGGGAUUUCUAAGCGACCUCUGGUUUGGCGAAAACGGAAUCUUGUUACUGCUGAAGACAGCCUUAUUUUUAGGGGAGAAACUCAGAUAACGGAAGCAUUGAUGUCUUGUAACACGCCAGGAUUCUAUGAGGAAAACGUGGCGACUGUGGAUGAUAUUGACGUAAGUGCUGUUGUGUGGAAAGAUAACAAGCCCGUUAACCUUCUUUCCACUUACGUAGGAGCAGAACCAGCAACCACAGUCACGCGCUUUGAUAAAUCGAAGAAAGAGAGAGUUGCUAUUCCAUGCCCCAAAGUCAUCAAGGAGUACAAUGCUCACAUGGGGGGCGUGGACGUUAUUAGAUUCAUUUAUAGGUCGUUAUCACAUCACAAUGAAGAGCCGCAAGUGGACCAUGCGCUUAUUUUAUCAUUUCCUGGACCUCGCAGUUAUAAAUUCAUGGGUUAUGUUCAAGAAGGAAAGUCGGAGAAUAAUAAAGUAUCGUCAGUCAAAGAACAGGGUGCACCGCGGGUAAAUGAGUUUGGCUCCGCUCCAGAGGUAGUUGUGGAACAAGAAUACAUUGAAUACAAACCACAGUAG